GGGGGAGACGGGCGGGGGAGAGCUGCUCUGCGGGCUGUUUUCACGCCUCCUGCUGCCUUCCUUUGAGUUUUGCGGACUGUUUCGGAGCCUGCAGCCAGCUGAGAGUGUGAGUGACCCCGGGCUGAAUCGCCGCUGCUGUCCGCCGCGCAUGGCUCCGGAUCGGCUGGGAACUUCUCCGUAGAACCGUGCGGGUCUGGUGCGUUUUGGACGAGCAGGAGACCGGGGGGAGGAGGGGGCUGCUAGCUGGAUUAUUACACACUACACACACACACACACACACUGCCCACACACACAAAGCCCAGAGGACUAACCCCCGGGCCUGGCUGCGGGUCGCGCUUUUACGCAGCGUCUUUUUCUACGCUUCUUGAACUCGUCUUUUAAAUGCUGGAGAAGGAUCCGGGGGACGACAGGAGGACACCCGGCGGCGCAGCAGCGACCGUCUCCGACUGAAAGGGAAUAUGUGGCUCUCCUGGCUGACUUGUGCACUUCUGCUGGGAACUUUAUGUGCAGGACUCAGCGAUGGCGAGGUCGACACUGCCGAGUGUCUUUACUACAACGUCAACUACGAGAUCGAGAAGACCAACCAGAGCGGCGUGGAGCACUGCGAGGGAGAAAAGGAUAAACGCUCGCACUGCUACGCCUCCUGGAGAAACAACUCGGGCUCCAUUGAGCUGGUUAAGAAAGGAUGCUGGCUGGACGACUUCAACUGCUACGACCGGCAGGAGUGUGUGGCCACAGAGGAGAGUCCUCAGGUCUUCUUCUGUUGCUGUGAAGGAAACUUUUGCAACGAGAGGUUCACACACCUGCCGGACGCCACCGGUCCACUGAUUAAAGCCCCGCCCAGCGUUGGCGUGCUAAGUGUGAUGGUGUACUGCCUGCUUCCUGUUACCAUGCUGUCAGUUGUUUUGCUCACUGCUGUAUGGAUGUACCGCCACCGGAAACCUCCCUAUGGACAUGUAGACAUCACUGAGGAUCCCGGUCCUCCUCCAGCCUCCCCCCUGCUGUGUCUGAAACCUCUGCAGUUGCUUGAGGUGAAAGCCAGGGGGCGCUUCGGCUGCGUCUGGAAGGCCCAGAUGAUGAAUGAACAGGUGGCCGUGAAGAUCUUCCCCAUUCAGAAUAAGGACUCAUGGCAGAACGAGAGAGACAUUUUCAUGACACCAGGGAUGAGACAUGAGAACCUCCUGAGGUACAUCGGUGCAGAGAAGCGAGGGAGUCACCUGGAGGCCGAACUCUGGCUCAUGACAGAGUUCCACGAGAGGGGCUCUCUGUCAGACUUCCUGAAGGGAAACAUUGUCAGCUGGUCCGAGCUGUGUCACAUAGCCGAGUCGAUGGCGUGCGGCCUGGCUUACCUUCACGAAGACGUCCCUCGACAGAAGGGGGAGGGGCCUAAACCGGCCAUCGCUCACAGGGAUUUUAAGAGUAAAAACAUCAUGCUGCGUACAGACCUCACAGCCGUGAUCGGAGACUUUGGUCUUGCCGUUCGCUUUGAGCCGGGGGAGCCACCUGGAGAGACCCAUGGACAGGUGGGGACGAGGCGUUACAUGGCUCCUGAGGUAUUAGAAGGAGCCAUCAACUUCCAGCGAGACGCCUUCCUCCGCAUAGACAUGUAUGCUGUGGGUCUGGUCCUGUGGGAGCUGGUGUCCCGCUGCAAGGCUGUUGAUGGGUCCUGUGAUGAAUACAUGCUGCCGUUUGAGGAGGAAGUUGGUCAGCAUCCGUCACUGGAGGACCUGCAGGAAGAAGUUGUCCACAAGAAGAUGAGACCGGCCUUUAAAGACUUGUGGCUCAAACAGAGCGGUCUGGCUCAGAUCUGUGAGACGGCGGAGGAGUGCUGGGAUCACGACGCUGAGGCUCGACUGUCGGCUGGUUGCGUUGAGGAGAGGAUCUCCCAGGCUCGCCGCCUCACCACCAAUAUCGCCCCGCCUACCUCGGACCACAACGCCCUGCUGGUUUCCACUCUGGCUCCUGUUCCCAUGGUAACCAACGUGGACCUACCGCCCAAAGAGUCAAGUAUAUGAAGAUCACGUUAAAAAGAAAAAAAAGAAACACUUUUUUUGCAGGCCUGACGUUCCAAGAGAUUCUGCUCAAGUUCGGUUCAUCCUCCCGUGAAAACGACCGAAUUAUCUCAGAAACACACACAUACACUCACAGACUGCACACACACUUCAUCUUUUCUCAGUGGAUUUUACAAACUUAAAGCGGAAAAUGGCGUGAAAGCAGCUGCUUUUCGACCUCUCUGGACUUGUGUUUUUGGACUUGUUACGUUCUCAUUUUUGGAUUGUCUCUCUCUUCGUCCUUUUGGACAAAUAUUACCAGCACACGUCUUCAUUUUCUUCGAGUUUCCUCGAGUCAUUCGUGUCUUUUUUUAACCAAGUAUGUGUGUGUUUUUAAUGAGAACACCAAGCAAACAUGCACACACACACACACACACACACACACACACACACACAUUCACAGGAAACCCAACACUGAAACGCAUUCAGGUCCCGACUCAGUGAAUGCUCUUUUAUCUCCAGGUACCUCAGCGAUGACUUUCAUUACUUUCGCCAAUUUUUUAAACCAUUUUUAUCGUGCAUUCUUACAUCUGCUGUCUUCUUCUAUUCCUUCAAAUCUGGACUUUUCUACCUACCUGGCAACUUUGCAACCAUGUCAGCAAGCAACCACCUCAAUCCGCCCACGGAUGGGAUGUUUUUUUUGUUUUUUUUUUACUACGAUGCUGCAAAACCCGUGUAGGAACGCAAUGACUGUUACAAAAACACCAACAGCGAACCUUCAGAUAUCUGUUUUUUUUUUUCUACCUUCUCUUGGACUGUUUUUCUUUCCGAUUAUCCUCCUGAGACCACAUGAUACAUUUCACACAUGACUAACCUUCGGAUCCAACGGGUUGCAUCCAAACAGACAGGAAACAGGAAGUGAGGUCAGAAGGAAGGACGGGAACAAUAAAACAUACAAGGACUGGUUGUGAUUGUAUGAAGGUUUAUCUCUAUUUUUGGUGUUCUACUGUAAAGACUUGAGGUUGAAGAUCAAGAGAGGUCCGACGGUUUUUCAGGAAACCAGGAAGUGAACAUCUUGCAUGCAGAGAUUUGAUUGGCUGACUGCGUUCAACCACAGCAUUUUGGUUGGCUCGGGAAUAAAACUUCUCAGGUAACCAGGUCUACAGGGGGAUUGUGACCCGACAUCAGCAGCAGGUUUCCACACAGUCUAGGCAAGGGGCAGGGCCAAUAGCCGAUGGGAGGGGCUUCCCUGAGGGGUCUAACCUAUUGGCUAUCCUGAAUAUGUUAAGGUGCCCAAACAAGGGGAACAAAUGUUACCCUGACAAGGUGCAUGACCUCGAUGCAUACAGUGGUUUAUGCUUUCAGGUCAAUGUGAGAGUGAAUGUGCAAAUGUGUGUGAGUGACAGAGUGUGUGAGAGAGUGAGAGAUAGAGAGUGUGUGUGUAUGUUAGUGAGUGGUACAAUGUGAACACAUAAGUCACAAGAUGUGACACUUUUUCUUUUUUCAAUUUUAAUGUUAUACUGUUUGUGCUAAAUGUUCAAGUUUUCAGUCUGGUUGUUUGUUUUCUAAAGAGGAGGUAAGUGACAGACCUGUGACUCUGAACUUCAACUCUAACAUCGCCCCCUUCUGGUUGAGCUGCAGUACUGCAACAAUCUGGCAAAAACGUAUAAACUGAAUUCUGCACAAAGUGCUCCAUUUUUUUUUUUUUGUCCUCUAACAGAAAUUGGCUUGCACAUAUACAUUGGCAUAAUUUCUGUAUGUGCAGUUGUGAGUUCUCUUUCAAUGAUUGAUAUGAUAGAUGAAUUUCACCUGUCUUAUGAAAUAGAUGUUUUAUAAAACCUUUUUAUACUGUUGAAUAUAAAAUAAAAGUAAUUGCAUUGUUUUAAAACACGUGUCAUCAAAAAGUAAAAAAAAAAGAUUAUUUUUAAAAGUUAAAUUAUUUUCCAAAAUUAUUCUAAAUAUAGAUUUAUCCGCCACUGAAAAAUAGUCCACAAGUAAAUUCACUCUUCCUUUGUGGCUUGUUAAAAAUCCACAAAUGUUUAAAAAGUCAUUCAAAGUCUUCGGCCCUCUACUCACUGACCUCCUCUCCUCUCAUUGUCACUCUCUUUUGUCUUUCCUUCAACUGGGACCAAAUCCGGGGCGUCUGUCUGUUGCCUCGGAAACAGUGAGUCCAGUUCAGAAACUCAUGUCAUCCUUAAAAAAACAACAACACGUUGUUCCCAACAAAAAGAAGCUGAAACAUAAACAAGGAGCAGUGUGUUCUUUUUACGGUUCUUUUUGUUUGUUUGUUGUGUUUUAGUUCCUUCUGUGAUGCCAUACGUGUUAACAGUGAAUGUCGAUGAUGAUGAUGCUGCUGAUGAUGAUGAUGAUGAUGAUGAUGAUGAUUCACAGUCAAAUAUUUCUGUAUAUUCCUUUAUUUUAAGUUCAUUUGACUUCCGGUGCAUUGAACACAUGCAACACUCUGUCUUUGUACGAAGUCAGUGAAGCUAGACGAGGCAUUCGAGGAGCGUCGUGCGUUUCGGCUUCGGGAACGAAUAGUGCAGAAAAAAAAAAAGACAGAAAAGCUGAAAGAAAAAAUACAAACAAAAAAACAAGUUGAAACAAUACUGCUCAUAAACCACAGAUCACCUCAAUACACCAGAAAUACCUCAGAAGACUUUUCUACGUGUUUUUAGUUUCUUUGACGACUUGUAGUCAUGAUAUUUUUUAUUCUUUGUUUUUAUUUCACUCUUUGAUUGAAGAGGUUUUUUUUUUGGUUUUUUUCAUAAAAUCUACAAACUGAUUGAAGAUUAAUGCUACCAGGUAACAGCGAGACUCGAAACCUCCGUGUUGUAAAUAGUUAUUAGAGUGUGUUUUUGUUUUUAGACUGAACUGAACUGCCGAUUUCAUUAAAGCACCUGGACUGAGCUGGACUACUUCCAUCCCCUCAUCUCAUCUCCUUUCCUAACCUCUUAACCCUGUAAGGCUAAACCAUCAAAUAAUCAUCAGAGAAUUCUAAUCUAAGAUCUGGAGUUGUUGUAAAACUUUCUAAAGAGAGAGACUGAAAACUAUUUUUCAGAAAAAUGUAAAACAUACACAUUACAUUUUGAAUGAACCAUUGGAAGUUCAAACUUUUAUUCCCCCUCUGAGACUUCUGGCCUUUAUUGAUUGUUAUUGUUGGAUACAUCUUCAUUUCAGUAUUUAUCUAAAGAUGUCCCUGUUGAAGUUUAAUUAACAGUCUUUCUUUAUCUUUUUCAAAAUUGGCAAAAAUAUCCUUGAGGAAUCACAUUUGUGUCACCGAUUGACUUUCAUUAUUUUUGAUGUAGAAACGUCCUAUUGGACAGCUUUCAGUGCCCUGGUGGAUACUUUAUGCACUGCAUGUAUCAGGUUGUAUUCAUUGGGAUUUUCAGGAGAAAAAAACCAUCUCACAAAAGAUUCAGAAGUCUCAGAAGUUGUCUUAUCAGAUAUGAUAAUUUUUUUGUUAUAGGGUUAACUUUCCUUCUCCUUUCCUUUGCUUCCUCUUCUCCUCGGCUCUUUGCGCCUCGCUGCCUUUUACCGCCUUAACCUUCCAUUUCAUCCACUUUUUUCUCCUUUUCUCUCUCGUCUUCCAGUCCCAUUAAAUGGUUCCUUCAUUCUAACUUACUUCUCUGCCUUGUUGCACUUUGAUUUGACUGAUUAUCUUCCUUUUACCUCCACAUCUGUCUGAAUCAUUGAAGUUUUCCAAUGUGGUCUUCGUUGUGCCUUUAUUUGACUUCAUCUCUGGAGCUUCCUUCUUUACUUCCUCUCUAUCCUUCCUUUGAAUGUAAAAACCUCUGAUAUUUCUAAAAUCACACCUGAGUGUCUUUGGAUCAAAACACGUUUAGAAUAUCUGAUUUUGAUGAAAUAACUAAAACAGUAUUCUAAAUGUAUUUUGUACCCAUAACCAGAUGUGAUCUCUAUGUGACAAAUACUCUUCUCAGAUGAUGCUGACCUGCUGUUUUUUUUGUCAGGAUGCAGACCCACUCAGAUCCAGGUGUUUCCAGGUGUUUCCAGGAACAUAUUACCUCAUUUAAGCCACACGGGCAGAAACGAUGUGCUAGGAAUGCGUCAGUAGUCAGUGACGGUGGGAAAACUCGGGCAAUAUUAUCAUUCAGGUUUGGGGAUGAGAAACACAUGCUCAUUUUCACAUCGAAACCAAAAUCUAAAAACAUUCAACUGUCGGGGGAAACGCUUCUGCAUCCAGCAUUUAGAGAUCAGAAAUACUGUUAGCAUUGUUAGCAUCCCACAGGGAAGCCAGUCUAGUAUUAAGCCCAAACAAACAAAGGGGGACCAAUGAGGAGAAUGCUAACGAUGCUAAAGUUCUUGUUUUUAACUAACCCAAGUGCCAAACAGCAGAUAUUUCCCCCUCACAAAGUAAUUAAAUUGAAAAAUACACGACAUUCAAUUCAUUUCAAUAAAUAAUCAAUGCUUCAAAUAAAACAAGUCAUUUUUGACUUACGCUAAUACACAUUUAAUACUCAGAGCUAGCUCUUAGAGCUUUGAGCUGGCGAAUAUAUCACACAUGAAUAGCAAAGCCUCUUAGGAGUUCAUGCGACCUUAGUAACUAUGGCGAUAUCCGACAGAGUUUGAGGGCCACAUUAAAGAAAAAAACGUAAGGAUUAAGUCGUAAAAUUAACAAGACGAUAAUCUUGAAAACAUAAUGAAAAUUAAGUUGUUAUAUCACAAGUCAUAACAUUAUGAGAAAAAAAUCGUAACAUAAGAAGGAGGGAAUUGUUAUAUUACCAGAUUAAAGUCGUAAGAUUAUGAAAAUAAAUCUGUAACUUUACGAAGAGAAAGUCGUAACGUUUCGAUGAUAAAGUUACAAUAGAGGACGGCAUUUCCCUGUUUCUGCCUUCACAGUAUUUUAAACUGAAAGUCACCAUUGAAAAGCUCAUAUUUGAAGGCGACGCUUCCUUUUCUGUGGCCAAUCAAGUGCCUGUUAGAAGAACUCAAGAAGUAAAUUGUUGUUGAUUUGUUCAGAACGUCGAGGAAUCUUUGUUGUUUUAGUCAUUGACAGAGGGACAGUGUGACAGACUGUGGUACAGUCAAACAGAAAUGUGUGAAAAAGAUACAAAUACAUAUAAGAACUGACAUCUGACACUCUUACUCUGGGAACAUUUCUCUUGGCUGAAGCUGUAGAGCUUUCUAUUUCUUCUGAACAACACUUUUUUUCAGACUGCUGUUAUAAGUGAGUGAUCAGAUCUUAAACUUGUCCAGACAUCACCAGUUAGUUUAUAUUCUGAUGGGUUGUUGUUGGAGCGUCGUAAGAAGCUCUGGUGACGAAUGUGGAAAAAAGAACUCCGUGUUUUAAUUCCUUCCUGGUCUUUAGAAAGUCCUGAUGUAACCUACCAAGAAAAGGAAUUCUGCUGCAGUCUGAACAAAGUUUAUGAAAGGGGUUUCCCAGGCAUGUUGUCAAGGAGCCAUUUUGAACAAAUUGCUGCUGUUUCUCCCCGAUACUGCAGGAGUCCCAUGACUCUUAUCCUCUGAACAAACAGGUGUGUAAAGAUGGCCGCCUCAUGUUUUGAUGAAACAUCCUGUCCCAGGUGUUCAGCAGUAUUGACGAUUAAAAAUUCACUUAAGAAAAGAAGAACUGUGAAAUAAAACAUUUUCUUACCGGCAUAACCCUCAAUUACAAAAUCUGCUGAGGAGGAAAUUGGUUACGACACCAGAAUUUUAAACUUUGAAACGAUUCUUUUGAAAAUCCAUCGAUAUCGAACCUGUUUGUUACCACGGCAAUAACAAAAGUCCAAGUCAACCAGUAUCGGACAAUUUAUUGUCUUUGAUUAACUAAAAUUACAGGCAAACUCCUUCACACUGUCUUCAUUGCACAACAAUCCUUGGCAAUGUCUUGGCCCUAUAACUUGUUAAAAUGUAAAUCAGAAUUUAAAAUCCAUGAAUACGAGCAGGAUUAUUAAAAUUCACUCCUUUUCUUUCGAGGGUUGUCCCGAGACUUGUCAAUUUCAAUACGAUACUAAUAAAAACAAAUGUUAUUGAUACCAUGGCAACAAAAAUAGAAGUCCUAAACACCCGAUAUUUGGUCAUUUCUUGUUUUAAUGAUCCAUGUAUUGGCAAACACCUUAACACUGUCUAAAUAGCACAAAAACAUUAACCACCUUUCUCGUUUUUUAAACAUUGCCAGAUAAAUGUUUUUAUGCAAUUUAGACAAUGUGCAGGACUUUGUCUGCCCCCCCCCUCAUCUUACUGCACCUUUUGGUUUAAAUUAUGACUGAAAAUCUGCAGCUUUUUAAUGCUUCAGUACGUUUCAAUACUAUCGAUCAUUGUAAUAAAAGAGAUUUAAAAAAAAGAGCUAUCCAAAACUUUAAGAUGUUUAACAACCCUAGUUCGCAUUGUUCUGAAGACUUCCCAGAUAUAACCUUAAAGCUUUAGAUGAAGACAUUUUUUUCUAAAUAUAAUCCAAAUAUUAUUUUCUUCAUAUCUGCAUCAAAUUUGGAUGAUUUUUAAGUUGAUUUGUGGAUUUGCUUCAGUCCUUAAUAAAUAUAUUUAUUUUCCAGUAGCACCCGAAUUAAGUCGGAUAAAAGCAGACGAUAAAUAUAAAGAAAGAAACCGGUUUUCUUUUUGGAACAUAAUAAAUACAUGAACUAGGGACCGUCCUUAAACACUGUUUUGGUCAUGUUCACUUGAGGCGGCCAUCUUGACAGAUCUCCAUCCUUCUCCACCAGUAUGGUGACGAAGAUGAUGAUGAAGAUGAUGUGAAAUGUAAAUCUUGUACCCUAUGUUUUACUGUUGUAGAACCCAGAGACUACUGAUUCAACAAAUAUGCUAUAAAAAAAAACAGAAGAAGAAGAAUGUGUGAGAGCUGGUUUCAUAACUGUAAAAAAAAAAAACUAAACCGACAUUGUCUUUGAAACUGAAUACAUGUGGGCGAAGCUGUUUUUCAUGACGUCUUUGAAAUAUAUAAAUAUACUGUAUGUACGUUCAGCAGGUGGAGGACAUAAGUAAAUAAACCCCGCCCCCGCCCCAGGUGCUGUCCAUCCUGUCGUGAUGCUGUUCAAAAGUUCCAGUGGGUUAUUUUUUUAUUUUCAUUUAAAAAAAAAAA